AACGACUUCGCAAAGAAGUAUUCAGCUCAGAGUCAUAAAUGUGAUAACGCGUUGGAUUAAGCUGCAAUACGAGGAUUUUAAAGUAGAUGACACCUUAUUACAUCGGUUACAUCGUUUUCUGCUCAUAAAUAUGCAGGCAGCACAGAUUGGCGAAGAGCUUGCCACCAUCAAAAACCUGUUGGAUAUUCAGGACACACAGCAAGAGCAUUCUUCUUCGGCCAUCGUAUACUCAUCUUUGUCAAGGAUUACUUCCACUGAAUGGUUAGAACGUGCACGACCCCAUGCCCGCGAAUUCUACCCUCCAGGGACUCCUGCUACUACUGCUGCGGCACCUCCGACUAAAAUCCCAUCAUCACCACCUGCUCUUUCCACCGCUACUGUUUCUCCUUCUUUCACAUUCAAAAAAAGCGGCGUUAAUGCAUUGGCAUUAUCCUCAACAUCAUCUGCAUUGGCCUCCCUGGAUGCACAAGACGUCGCACAAUAUCUGACCUUGGCAGAUUUCAAUGUGUUCAAAAAUAUCUCACCCUAUGAAUACCUCAGAGGAACGUGGCGAAAUAGCAGUGUCAAUAACUCGCAGCAGCAACACGAGCUUUCUAAUCCAAAGAAAAGUGGAUAUGCCAGAAUAUUGACGAGACGAGCGAAUAUGUUGAGCCAUUGGAUACUGCAUGAAGUUUGUUCACCUCAACAUCCAAAGCAGCGACGAAUGAUUAUUAAAAAGCUCAUCCAUAUUGCAAAGCUAUGCAUCGAAUGGAACAAUUUUCAUACUGGCAUGAUCAUCAUCAUGGGUCUUCAGUGCCCGACCAUUCAGCGACUAGAAAAUACUUGGCAAGCACUGUCGAGCCGCGACAUGAGCGCAUUUGAUGCGCUCCAGAAAUACGUGGAUGUAACAAACAACAUGGGAUACUAUCGUCAAGCGUUGGCUACAGCAAAAGCGCCAGUGGUGCCUUUUUUCCCUCUUAUUCUCAAGGACUUGACAUUCUUCAUGGAUGGCAACCCAACCAUGACAACGCCAGCGCCGUUGCCCGAACAACAACAGCAACAGCAACCUUCACCAAAAUUAAUCAACUUUGACAAAUUUCGAGUGUUGACUCACUUUGUAAAUACUUUGAUGCGCUACACAACCGAAAACUAUUGGUUUGCAUCUGAUCUCGAGCACUGCCCCUUUCUACCACAUAUAUCCAUUACAAGGCCUUGCUGCUCAUCACAUAUUCCUGCAGACGUGCCUGUUCUUGACAGGGUUGCAGAAUUGGUUGAGAUUAAGAUUCGUUCUGUAGAGUCUUGUUACGAAGAUUCACGAUGUAGUACGCAAUGGAUCUCGUCUAAUAUGCGACGGGUAGCAAAGCAACAAUUAUCGUAGAGCCCUCUUUCUCUUUCAUCUUUCCCUAUUGAUACUUUAUGCAUUGUUAUAUUCUUUUGUAACAUACAUUUUCUCUGCUCCUUUAAA